AUGGCGACCUCUGCUUCAUUUCACGGUGUUGUUGGUCUUCGGAAUGGAAGCAGAUAUCAGAUUGACAAAAAGAAUUACUGGCGUUAUGACGCUUUCAUCGCGACUCUAGAACUGGGAGAUGUUCGAAUCAACGUGUUCACAUUUGGUGCGAAUACCGCGUCUGUGGAAGAUGGAAUCUAUCUGUUGGAUACACGGUCCACUAUUGGUCCUAUCAUUGACGACGAAGGCAAAUCUGCGCAUUCUCUUCAUCUCUUUGCUAAUGAUGACUUACAACCUCUUCCUGACGGCUCUCGCGCCUUUCCGACAAGUCGUCGUAGACUCGUAGCAGGUAAAGUUUCGCGCAGUGAUUGCACUGCAUCGCAGAUUCGUCGAAGUCCAACUACUCAAUACAUUCGCGAGAAAGCCACUGCAUUCCCCGCAUCAACUUUGCUUUCCAUCCAAGUCAUUCAUCGUGGACAGUAA